UCUGAAUCUGAUCACGAAGUUCGCAUACAUAACUAGUAACUGCCACCCUACGCUACACACAAACACACACGGGAAGAGAGAGAUGAUGAGUGGAGCAGAGAAGGUGGUGUGUGUAACUGGAGCCUCCGGUUACAUAGCUUCAUGGUUGGUCAAGCUCUUGCUCCAACGUGGAUACACUGUCAAAGCCACUGUUCGUGACCCAAAUGAUCCAAAGAAAACAGACCACUUACUUGCACUUGAUGGAGCAAAGGAGAGACUUAAGUUGUUCAAGGCAAAUUUACUGGAAGAAGGAUCAUUUGAUUCUGUAGUUGAUGACUGUGUAGGUGUAUUUCAUACAGCGUCACCUGUUUUUCUUGCAGCCAGUGACCCACAGGCAGAGUUGAUUGAUCCAGCAGUGAAGGGAACACUUAAUGUUCUUAAAUCAUGUUCAAAAUUUUCUUCUAUCAAGAGAAUUAUUGUAACGUCUUCAAUUGGUGCAAUCAUGUGCAGCAGAAAACCUCUUACCCCUGAUGUGAUUUUGGAUGAAACUUGGUUUUCUGAUCCAGUUACUUGUGAGGAAUCAAAGCUUUGGUAUAUGCUCUCAAAAACCUUGGCUGAGGAGGCUGCUUGGAAAUUUGCUAAAGAGAAUGGGAUUGACAUGAUAACAAUGAAUCCAGGGCUUGUUAUUGGUCCUCUCUUACAGUCAACUACUACAUUCAGUGUGGACACAAUUCUGAAUCUCAUAAAUGGAUCGUACUCUUCUUAUGAUGGAAGUUAUAGAUUUGUUGAUAUUAGAGACGUGGCAAAUGCACAUAUUCAAGUAUUUGAGACUCCAUCUGCUAGUGGCCGAUAUUGUUUAGUUGGAAGAGUUACAUCCCAUUCUGAGACUCUCAAGAUAUUGCGUGAACUUUUCCCUACCUGCAUCGAAUUUUUUGAUACAUCACAAAGUUUGAAGAAUAGUAAAUUGUGUCUUUUUCAUGACAAGCCUUCUGUGCCGACAUUCAAGGUAUCCCAGGAGAAGGCAAGAAGCUUGGGUAUUAACUUCAUUCCUUUGGAGGUAAGUCUCAAGGACAUGACUGAAAGCUUAAAGGAGAAGGGCUUACUCAGUUUCUGAAUUAUGUGUUGUCUUAAAGAAAGUGAAAGCAAGAAGCUUGGGUAUCAACUUCAUUCCUUUGGAGGUAAGUCUCAAGGACAUGAUUGAAAGCUUAAAGGAGAAGGGCUUACUCAUUUUCUGAAUUAUGUGUUGUCUUAAAGAAAGUGAUAUAAGUAUAUGCAAAUAAAUGUUAUCUUAACACUCAGUUUCCUGGUCUUGAACUUUAUUUUCCCAUAUUGAAUGUUCCAUGAUUUUAAUAUUUAUAUAUUAUUUUGGAGACUAUGUUAGCUG